GGAAUAUCGAUCAAUAUGGAAGUUUAAAAAUAGUAGUGUCUUGAACGUUAAAGUAUAAUUAAACCUUUACAGUGAUGAAUAAAGGAAAAAUCACGUUUGGUAAAAUCCAACUGAAAACAACCACAACUGCAGCAUCGGCAAACGAUGUCCCGGAAUCUUCAACCUCUGGAUUCGGUUCAUUCGGCCGCAGCGAAGCUCCCCCGGAGACGGCCGGUUCCAGCUCCGAUAUCGAUCGCAUUUCUAGCGAUCUGGAAAACAGCCGCAUGCAGGAACUGAUGGGUAUCAGUGGUUUCGGUCGAAAGGCAAAACAGUUCGAUAUCAACGAGAUGAUACAGAAGGCCAAACAGAACGCACCGCGGGCUGAGGUCGAUACUAAUGCCAUCCAAGAUGCUUCCGAUAAGGAAUCUUCUAACGGUGAGGAAAGUGAAGCAGAGCAGAUAGGACCGAUGCCGUCGUUGAUGGCCGCUGCUGCAGAGCAAGAUGGUUCUGGAAAAGUUAAAGGUAAAAAAGAGCGUAAAGUUGAUAGUGACGAGGACAGCGAUGACGACGACGAUGAUGAUGAUGACUUUGACGAAGAUGCUCCAAUAAAUAAGAUUCCAAACUCGCACGAGGUUGAAAUGCGUCACGGUUCCAAAGCAAUCAUUUCACUAGCAGCGGAUUCUUCCGGAGUUCGGUUGGCCUCUGGCUCGGUGGAUUACAAUUUAAAUUUCUGGGAUUUCUCUGGAAUGGACAAGUCGAUGAAAAGUUUUCGAACUUUGCAACCUUGUGAGAACCAUCCAAUUCGAGAUCUGCACUAUUCCGGUACUGGCGACAUGAUUUUAGUGGUUUCCGGUAGUUCACAAGCAAAAGUGUUGGAUCGGGAUGGAUUUGAAAAGAUGGAGUGCGUUAAAGGCGAUCAAUACAUAACUGAUAUGAUUAAAACGAAAGGACACGUGGCUGGUUUGACUGCUGGUUGUUGGAAUUUCAUUAACAAAGACGAAUUUUUAACCAGCGCAAUGGAUUCUACGCUGAGAACGUGGGUCUUUGCCCGAUCAAAAGAACAGAAAAAUGUAAUCAAGACUCGUGCACAAGGCGGAUUGAAAACGAUCCCAACCACUUGCACCUACAACAGAGAUGCAACACUCAUAGCCGCAGGAUGUAGUGAUGGGUCGAUUCAAACGUGGGACACCAGAAAAAUGUUCGUCAAUACAACUCAUUGCGUUCGAGACGCUCACACCAAGGGUAGUGACAUUUCGUCGGUUCUUUUCUCCUAUGCUGGCCAAAUACUCGCCACUAGGUCAACGGAUGAAACGCUCAAACUUUGGGACUUGCGAGCAUUUAAAAAACCUUUGCACGUCUUCGAAAACCUCUUCUCUCGUUACGAUACAACAGAUUGCUGCUUCAGUCCAGAUGACACCAUGAUUCUGACGGGAGAAUCCUUACCAAAGGGACAAAAACUUUCCAACCUGUACUUCUUUGACACAAAAACCUUCGAAACUGUGUCUAAAAUUCCAAUUACAGACUCGCAUAUAAUUCGGGCACAUUGGCACCCGAAGUUGAACCAGAUUUUUAUAGGCUGUGGCAACGGAAUCAUUCGAGGCCUGUACGACGAAAAGCGCAGUAUGCGUGGAGCAAAACUGUGCGUCGUCAGAACCUACCGCAAGAGGAAGGACAUGGAAAUGGUGGGCGCUGCUCAAGUAAUCACUCCUCACGCCCUUCCAAUGUUCCGGCAGGAAAAAUCACGUUCCCAUCGUAAGAAACUGGAGAAGGACCGACUUGAUCCGGUCAAAUCCAAACGACCAGAUCUGCCAAUCACAAGCGGCCAAGGUGGACGAGUUGCAAGCUCCGGUGGUACGCUUUCCUCUUACGUCAUCCGUAACCUUGGCCUCAGUAAGCGAGUAGAAGACGAUCAAGAUCCUCGCGAAGCUAUUCUCAAGUACGCUAAAGAAGCAGCUGAAAAUCCUUACUGGAUCGCACCAGCUUACAGCAAAACACAACCGAAACCAAUUUUCAAUACUGAAGACGAGCCCGACAGCAAGAAGCCCAAAACGGAAUGAAAUUGAAAUUAAAUAAAUUGUGUAGAUGGAUUUAUUCAA